CUACAAAAAAAAAAUAUGCCUCCUAAUGUUAUUACGCUAUCAGAACUUCCUUUAGAGACUGACCAAAAGACAAUUGUUGUGGUUGGAUUGGGUAUGGCUGCUGUAGCCUUUAUGGAGAGAAUGGUUGACUAUGAUACUGAGAAGCAAUACAAAAUCAAAGUAUUUGGUGAUGAACCUGAAUUGGGAUAUAAUCGUGUAGGUCUCACCCAAUACUUCGCCCAUCGAGACCCUGAAAAGCAACUGAUGAAACCUAAAUCAUGGUAUGAAGAAAACUCAAUAGAAGUUCAUAUUGGUGACCUUGUCGAAGAAAUCGAUACAAAAACAAAGAUGAUUCGGGCAAAAAGAGCCUCUUGGGUUUCUUAUGAUAUUUGUGUUAUUGCGACCGGAUCUUCUGCAGCUGUUCCUCCAAAUGCACCCACAAAUAUGGAUGGUGUCUUUUGCUACAGAACAAUUGAAGACCUCGAAGACAUUAUAGAUUGGGCUUCUCAAGAAGAUGUUAAAACAGCAUCAAUUGUUGGAGGAGGUCUGUUGGGUUUAGAAGCUGCCAAAGCUGCCAUGGAUUUAGGUCUUCAAGUAUCUGUUUUUGAACGGUCAGAUCGUCUGAUGUUUCGUCAAUUAGACCAAGAUGCCUCUCUUCUCUUGGAGUCAGAAAUCAAUAAACUGGGAAUUCGUACACACGUUGGCUAUUGUCCUGAUCAAGUCGUCGGUAAAACCAAUUAUAGUUCAAGCUCUCAAAAAAGUCGCAUCAUUGGCCUUAAGAGUUCCACGGGUCAAACAAAUGAAAGUUUUGUAGCCACUGAUAUGCUUAUUUACUCUAUCGGUAUUAAACCUCGCGAUCAGUUAUGUGCUGCUUCUUAUGGUGCUCUUCGAGCAGGCCCUCGUGGCGGUAUCGAAAUCAAUUCAGACACGUCUACUUCUGCUCCUGAUGUCUAUGCUAUUGGCGAAUGCGCCUCUUUUAAUGGUGUAUGCUACGGCCUUGUUGCUCCCUGUAAUGACAUGGCUGACGUUCUUGCGAAAAACUUGACAAAUUACCAGCAGACAAAAGCUAUAUUCAAAGGCAAUGAUAUGUCAACGAAACUUAAAUUGAUGGGCGUCUAUGUUGCUAGUUUUGGUAAUGUCUUUCCUGAAAGUUCUAUCAAGACACAACCCCUCACUUAUCGAGACCCUUUUAAAGGCGUUUAUAAGAAAUACAUUUUCUCUGAAGAUGGCAAACACCUCCUGGGUGGCAUUAUGGUUGGUGAUACCAAUGACUAUGUUAAACUUCUAGCUCUCACACGAAGCGGCAAAAAGCUGGACCGAGAGCCAUCUGAACUCAUUCUAGGUGUUCAAAGCAAUGAAGUAGAAGGUGCUGAGUCACUUCCUGAUGACACUCAAAUCUGUUCAUGCUUCAAUAUUGUCAAGGGCGACAUUCGCAAGGCUAUUCGAGAAAAAGCAUUAACAUCUGUUGACGAAGUCAAGGCUUGUACAAAGGCGGGCACAGGAUGUGGUGGUUGUGUUCCUUCUGUCAUAGAAAUCUUUGAAGCUGAAAUGAAAGCGCUCGGCAAAACUGUUACAAAUACUGUCUGUCGAGAUUUCAAUUACUCUCGCGCUGAAUUAUAUACUAUUGUCAAGAUCAAAGGACUUCGAUCUUAUAGUGACAUUGUCGCUCAUUGUGCUGUUGACAAAAACACAAUGGGUUGUGAAGUGUGUAAACCUACAUGUGCCUCCAUUCUUGCCUCAAUAUAUAACGAAAAUAUCUUGGAUGCUGGUCGUGGUGCUCUUCAAGAAACUAACGAUCGUUAUUUAGCCAAUAUACAACGUGGCGGUCUGUAUAGUGUUGUUCCUCGUAUUGCUGCUGGUGAAAUUACACCGGAUAAACUUGCUGUCAUUGCUAACGUUGCCAAGCAAUAUAACCUCUAUACAAAGAUCACUGGUGCUCAGCGUAUUGAUAUCUUUGGAGCUCGUAAAGAAGACCUUCCUGACAUUUGGGAAAUCUUUGUUGAUGCCGGUUUUGAAAGUGGCCAAGCUUAUGGAAAAUCGCUCAGAGCAGUCAAAUCAUGUGUAGGCUCUACUUGGUGUCGAUUUGGCCAACAAGACUCGGUCGGGUGUGCUGUUAGACUUGAAAACCGUUACAAAGGUAUUCGUUCUCCUCAUAAACUAAAAGGUGGUGUUUCUGGUUGUAUUCGUGAAUGUGCUGAAUCUAUGGGAAAAGACUUUGGCUUGAUAGCCACUGAACAAGGCUACAAUGUAUAUGUUGGUGGUAAUGGAGGUAGCAAGCCUCGACAUGCUGAUCUCUUAAUCUCCAGUAUUUCGGAGAAAGAUGCUUUCAAAUACAUUGAUCGUUUCCUGAUGUACUAUAUUAUGACUGCUGACAAGCUUCAACGUACUGCCAGAUGGAUUGAAAAGCUUCCAGGUGGAGUUGAUUAUCUUCGUAAGGUUAUUAUUGACGAUCAUCUUGGUAUUUGUGAAGAAUUGGACAAGCAAAUGGGUUUCUUAGUCAAUACUUAUGAAGAUGAAUGGGCGCGUAUUGUUAAGACACCCGAACUUAGAAAGCGUUUUCAAGAGUUUGUGAAUGCUGACUCAAAGACCAAAGAACCUAUAAUUCAAAUGAUUGAAGAGCGAGGUCAGUUGCGUCCUGCAGACUGGCCAAAGCAAGUAGACCCUAUGCCUUCCUUGCAGGAACAAGUCAAAAGCCAAUCUGUCACUUUAGAAUGGAUGCACGUUGGUUCUACUGAUAUUUACCCUCAAGAUGAAGGACGUGUUAUCAAAGUAGGCGAUGUUCAAAUAGCAUUGUUCCAUACAUUAGACAACCAGUUUUAUGCCACACAAAACAUGUGCCCCGUCAAGCGAGAUCUUGUUCUGUCUUCUGGACUGCUAGGUGAAAAGAAACAAGAUGAAGAUAAUGUUGUCUAUGUGUCGUGCCCAAUUCAUAAAAAGAACUUUGAUAUUAAGACUGGUAAAUGUAUAAGCGAGGGAAGUGAAGCUUUUUUUAUCAACACUUUCAACGUUAAGGUCGAGAACAGUCAAGUCUAUUUACUUUUACCUCCUAUUGAUGUUUUGAACGAUGCCUUGAGUACAGAAAAGUAUAUUAUCAAGAGCUCCAUGACACCAAGCACUUGUGUAGUCUCCCAGAAACCAGAAAAUGUAAAUGACUGGUAGUCUUUAUUUGUAUAUAUAGUCAAUAAAAUGUUUAUUUUUAUGUGUGAGUCCUUUA